AUGUCAAUUUCCAAAGUGUCUCGCGAGAAGAGAGCCAAUUUCAAUGACAAAGUCAAGAUGUAUGACUUUGCUGCUGGACCCUAUCCAUGCCGGGUACAUAUAGCUUUAUGCGAGAAAAAGUUACACGAACAGGUUGAGUACCAGACUGUUGAUAUCUUCAAGGGAGAACACAAGCAAGAAUGGUUUAAGAAAAUCAAUUAUUCUUGUACGUUUCCGGUGAUCGAGUUUGACAAUGGCACCUACUUAAUGGAAACCACGUCUAUAAUUGACUAUAUUGAUAAGCAGGGACACAACCCCGGGAGUUUGAGUGGAUACGAUCCAUUAGAACAAGCCACUAUUUGGAUGAUGGCUCGAAGAGUCGAAUUACAGUUUUCAGAACCGUUAAGUUACUAUUUGCAUCAUGCAACACCCGGGUUAGGACCCGACACCGAAGAAUCCCAAAACAAAGAGUGGGGGGUCUACCAAAGGGAAAAGGGCUUAAAAGGAGCUAAAUAA